UACGUGCCCGCCCAGGCUGUCAGGACACCAGGCAGUGCCUCCUGGGUGCAGGCAGAGCCACAUCUGGGAUGGGUGCUGGCACGGACCAGAGACGCUGUGAGCCUGCCGCCAUGCCUGCCACGCGUGGGCCGGCCCUGGGUUCCCUCCUGCCCACCCUGCUGCUGGGACUCACCGCUGGGCAGCCCUCGAUCACGCUGACCGGCCCGCCUCAGAGGACAGCCCCUGGGAAUCCUGUGUCUUUCAACUGCACCGCUGGCCCCUUCAGCUCCUCGAACUUCAACGUCACCUGGAUGAAGGACAGAGAUGAGCGUCCAGCCUCAGCUCAGGGCCUGGUGACUGACAGCAAAGGCAAUUACUCUGUCACCAGUAAGGUGUGGGUCACACUGGUGCAGCAAGAUGUCUCAUCGGAGAUCACCUGUAAAGUCACCCACAGGGACCUGGCAGAGCCCCUGCAUAAGACCAUGAACCUCUCCCAAGUGCUCCGAGUCGUCCCCACCGUGAAGAUCACCACCCAGCCCUCUCAGGCAUACGGCCCGCACCAGAGAGUGAAUCUCACCUGCCACGCGAGCCACUUCUACCCCUCCCACCUGCACCUCACCUGGAUGGAGAACAGGCACACGGUCCAGACCGUGUUGUCCCCGCGGGUCACGAGGAACUCAGACGGGACCUACUCUCUGGAGCAUGUGUGGCCGGCAGAGGCCAAGCCUGAGGGGAGCGAGUUUGCCUGCUGGGUAGUCCAGGAUGGUCAGCCCCCAGUCCAGGCCAACAUUACCCUGCAGGCUCAGGCACCACGGCAGCGGAAAGGCAGCAGCCCCUACCCUUCGGUCUUGCACGGCCCCCUCCAGCGAUCUGAGCCGGGCACCAGCAUCCGCCUGACGUACACGUCCUCCGGGUUCCCCACACAGCAGGUCACCGUGACCUGGCUUAAAAACAACCGCACGCUGCCACACCCCCAGACCAGCAUCCACCUCAGUGGGGGCACCUACAAUGUGACCAGCAGUGUGCUCAUCCCCCUGCAGGCAAAUGACAUGCUCUCCCAUGUUGUCUGCCUCGUCCAGCACAAGUCGAGGCCCGCCUUCCAGAAAACUGUCAGCCUGGACCAGUACCUCCGCGUGCCCCCUGCAGUGUCAGUGUCCCAGGCUUCACCUUCCUCAGACUUGGUGGCUAUUACCUGUCAUGUGCAGAGAUUCUACCCACAACGUGUGCGUCUCACCUGGAUGGAGAACUGCGAGAUGUUCACAGGAGCUGAGAAACCCAUAUCCAAACAGAAUAGCGAUGGGACCUACAGCCUGGAAAGCUUGCAGUUGGUAAACGCAUCAGUGCAGGGCUCUGAGCGGGUGCUCACUUGUAUGGUGCAGCAUGAGGCACAGCCUCCUACCUUGGCCAAUCUCAUACUAUCCCCAGCAGUCCAUGCCACUUACAUGCCUACUGAAAGCCCAGGACCAGAGACACCUGUCCUUAUCUUUUUGGCUUUCCUCCUGGGCCUCAAGGUGCUGCUGGUGCUCUUCCCUGCACUGCGAUACAUUGCCUCCUGCCUUCUCCAAGGGGCUCCAUUGAAGAGAAGAAUCUGCAAGGACCUGCACGUUACCCAAGACCCCUCCCCUCACUCUGCCAGCCCCACCUGCACCAAGGACAAGCUCCCUCCACACACCCUCCUGAUGUUCCUCCCCACUGAUAAUAAAUCUGAGUCAAGGACGAACUUUGGCCGUGGGGACUCGGGAAUGUCUGGAGGCUGAUGCAUGUAGAGAUUCAGCCUGGCCGUGUCUCCACCCAAAACAGAACCAAGCAGAUAAGAAGAAUAGGUUUCCUAUCCUCCUCUGAGAGUGAACAACCCUUAAUAUUCAGAGCAGAUUCCACUUUUACCCAGAACUUUUAUGAGUAUGAUUUUAUUUUAACACAUUAGAUAUUUGAAAUCACUGAGUUGAAUAAACAUUUUACUACUCUGAAAUAUAUAAAGAAUA